AGGGCUGACCGCAGCAACCUUCUUCUCUCCUCUCUCUCGACUCACACUCACGGCUCUGCUUGCGGACCUCUGGCAACAGCUGCACUUCUCCAAUAUAUCCUCAUCCUGCCCCUCAGGACCGACCAUCAACCAGCAAGUAGUUCCAAGCGGUCUACCACGCCAGACCGUUGCGGCGAGCAGCAGACAUGGAGUCGUUCCAGACCCUCAAGCGUCGGACGACCGACCUCGUCAGCUCGAUCCCCAGCAACGCCCCCUCGAUGCCAAACGUCCAGCUCCCGUCCAUGCCAAAUGUCCAGCUGCCCGCCAUGCCCGAAUUCAGUCUGCCCUCAAUGCCAAAGAUUGGGGGCAAGCACCAGCUCAAGGGCACCUGGCAGCACGUCCCGCUCCCGCCACUGCCCCGCUCCUCCCACUCCAUCGACGUCGUGGCCGGCAACGCCUACAUCUUUGGCGGAGAGAUCGAGCCCCGCAAGCCCGUCGACAAUGAGAUGCACGUUGUGAGACUGCCAUCCAGCGGGGCUCCGGCAGACUACUAUACCGUCAAGCCCAGAGCUGCGGGCAGCACCACAUCGCCGUCCAAGCCCGAGACCAUCUCAGAAGACGACGAGACGCCUGCUGCCGCGACACCAGAAGAUGACGACGAGGAAGAGGAGGACGAGGACGAGGACGAAGAGGAAGAGGAAGACAGCGAAGAGGAUGAGGACGAGGAAGAGGAGAGCGAGGAAGACGACAGUGAUGAGGACGACAGUGACGAGGAUGAGGGCAAGGACAAGCUUGAAGAUGUCUCGCUCGCGUCACCUACAACAAUCAAACCAUCGUCUGUACCUGCCACAGCUUCUGUCGCCAAAGGCAAGGGCAAGGAAGUCGUCGACAAGGGCAAGGCCCCGGCGGUGGUGCCGCCAGCGGAUGUGCCAUGCUCGCGUGUCGGUCACGCCACCGCCGUGAUCGGCUCCCGCAUCUUUCUCUUUGGCGGACGCAACUCCAAUGCCCAGACGCUCGACGAAAAGGGCCGCGUCUGGGUCUUCUCCACGAGGACAAACACCUGGUCGCACCUGGACCCGCACUCGUCGUCUCCGAUCCCGCCGGCACGGAGCUACUUCGCCGCCGUCGCCACAGACAAGCCCCGCGAUUUUGCCAGCACCCUCAAGCCCCUCCGGAAGCGCAGCCAGAGCUGGAAGCAGUGGGCCGAGGGCGACAGCGCCGAGGUGGGCAUCCCGCAGGCCCCGAUCGUCGGCCAUGUUGCCGAGCACAGCACGGACGAGGAGGAGGACGGCUACGGCACCUUCAUUAUCCACGGCGGCUGCCUCGCCGACGGUGGGCGCACCAACGACGUGUGGGCAUUUGACGUCCACGGCGCGACCUGGAAGGAGCUCCCUUCCGCCCCGGGGCCGGCCCGCGGCGGACCUGCUCUGGCCAUUGUCCACCACCGACUAUAUCGCUUCGGCGGCUACGAUGGACAGGGCCAGCAAGGCGGCCAGCUGGACGUGCUCGAGCUGAACCUCGACGAGUCCCAUGCCGCCGCGGACAUUGGCAUCUCAGCCCUGCCCAGCGGGUGGCAGAGCACCAUUUUCCCCACCAUCACACGGACCACGACCAACGACGUGGGCGAGAGCACGGCCGUGACCACGGCGACCGCCGACUUCCCCGGCAGCCGGUCCGUGGCGUGCAUGAACCUCGUCACGGGCGGCGGCGGUCGCGAGUACCUAAUCCUCAUGCUCGGCGAGCGCGAUGCCUCGAGCCUGGGCCACGCCGGCGCGGGCAAGUUCUGGAACGACGCCUGGGCGUUCCAGGUGCCGCCCCUCGCGGGCACGGCGGCCAGCUUGACCAGCAAGAUCUGGUCGCUCACCUCGCGCCUCGGCGGCGGUGGCGGCCACAGUGACCCGGUGCAGUCGCCGACCGGCCAGGCGCCCCCUUCUGACGGCGCGUGGAGCCCCGUGAGCAUGGGGUCCUUUGAUCCCGAGGACCUCCCCGCGGAUGCUCGCGGUCCCGGGCCCCGGGGCUGGCUGGACAGCGCGUCGAUGGGCGAUGUCGAGGAGAAUGGCAUCGUGCUGUUCGGCGGGCUGAGCGAGGGCAACUCGAGGCUCGGAGACAUGUGGAUCUUUCGGCUGGAGUAAACGGAAGUUUUGUGGCUGCGAGAAAAGAAGUCAGUGAAAAUAUCUCGAAAAACAAUAACCCGCGGGGGGGGGUUGAUAUAUGUGGAAGGGGGCCGUUAUGGGAGCGGAAUCUUCUUGACUUUGAACGAAGCAAGUAGGAGGAGGGCCGAGACAAGAUGGCGAUGGUUGGAAGGCGAGGAAGAAAGGACAAACGAGUCAAAACGCGCCACGGUAUGGAAAUGGAAAUGAAGAAGGGUCGCUCAUGAACAAGGGUUUUUUACGAUUUGUCUAGCUCAGGCUUUUGUUUGUUUUUGUGUGAAGUCGAAUCUGAAUGCAUUUUGGUUCUUUCUACAUGUAUUAUUUGGGAUUCCGAUAUUUCGUGUCUGCCAUCGGGGCUCGCCAUCACCUUGGAUGCUCAUUCACCAUGUUGUUGUGCCGUAGAGCCCGCGUUCAAGUCGCCUGCUCGCUCAUCGUCUAGCGAGUCGUGAA